CUAACUACGAGUGCUCAUGUUGGUCUCAUAAAGUAAAAAAAAAGAAAAAUUUAUUUUUAUUUGAAAAAUUUUACAAAAAAAAAGACCUCCUCAGGGUUUAAAAAAUAUUUAAAAUUAUAAAAUUUUAAAAUCUUUAAAAUGCGUUAAAUUUUGAAUAAAAUUUUUUUUGGUUAAAAUUUUAUUUAAUAAUUUUAUUAAAAUUAAUUUUUCUAAAAAAAAACGUAGUAAAAAAUCUAAUUCUAAAACGUAGCUAAAAACGAAAAAAAUUACACAUACGCAGCAGUCUGUUUUUUAAAUUUAAAAAAAAUCAAUAUUUUAUUUGAUUUCUAAAGUGUGAGAGAAUUCAAAUACCAAACAGUUGUAAUAACGUUUCGUGAAAACCAUACGCAAGAAGUUAAUAAUAACGAACAAAAUGGCCGGAGAACUAUUAGCACGACCAAUAAGACCGCUUGAAAGCGGUUAUUGGUUUCCUGCCAAUCCAAAUGAUUUCUACAAGUCCAUACAACUUAAAGCGGAACAAUAUCUAUUACGUGACGAAACCGAUAAUAAUACCCACAGUGAACAAUUGCAAGCGGUGUGUAAACCACGUUAUGCCAUGAGCGAAAUAUUCCAUAGGGAAGAUGAACGUCUUAAAACGUUCAAUACUUGGCCAGUGGAGUGGUUGGAUAAGAAGGAAUUGGCCAUGUCGGGCAUGUUCUACAUGGGCGAGGGUGAUAAGACAAAGUGUUAUUUUUGUGAAGUGGAAAUUGGUCGCUGGGAACCUGAGGAUCAACCUGUACCUGAACAUCUGCGCUGGUCGCCAAAUUGUCCUCUUUUGAGGAGACGUACUACCAACAAUGUACCCAUUAAUUGUGAGGCCUUGGAACGACUAUUGCCGCCACCCAGCUAUGAUAUCUGCGGCCUAAAUGAUCAGAUUGAAAUAAGACGUAAUGCAUUUCCCGAGGGCACCAUACCUGCGGCCGAUAUACCGCCUGCCUCACCUGCCACAGCCAGUAGUAGCGGUAGUAGUGCCAGCAUCCCUAAUUCUGGUACAUUUUAUCCCGAGUAUCCAGAAUAUGCCAUUGAAACGGCUCGCUUGCGUACAUUUGCCGAGUGGCCGCGCAACAUGAAACAGAAACCUGCUCAGUUAGCCGAGGCGGGUUUCUUUUAUACCGGUGUGGGUGACCGUGUCAAGUGUUUCAGCUGUGGUGGUGGUCUUAAAGACUGGGAUGAGAAUGAUGAGCCCUGGGAACAACAUGCUCUCUGGAUGGGCAAAUGUCGUUAUGUAAAAUUAAUCAAGGGUGAUACUUACAUAGAAACUGUUGUAAAUAGAUUUAAAAAAUCCAAUGCCAACACCAACACUGAAGAGGGGGAGCAGGCACAACAAACUACUGCCAAUACCAACUCGCUUACCAUAGCCACUGUUCUAAACGCAAGCAGUAUAACGGGCCCAAAAGAAACGGAACAGCAAUUGUCAGCGGGCGCCACACAACAAACAUUAGCUGCCGCUGGCUGCCCAGCACCAGAACAAAAUCGCAAAUCUUCUUCCACUAUACCCGAGGAGAAAUUGUGCAAAAUUUGUUAUGCCAACGAAUACAAUACGGCGUUUUUACCUUGUGGUCAUGUGGUGGCCUGUGCCAAGUGCGCUUCAUCCGUUACCAAGUGUCCACUGUGUCGAAAAGCCUUUGCCGAUGUGAUGCGUGUAUAUUUUUCGUAAAUUAUUAUAAACUCUAUAUAGUUAUUUAUACUUUUAAUAAUUACAGCAAACAUAAAAAUAACACAAAAACAACAACAACUCCUACAGUUAUUUGCCCUUUAAAAUUAACCAACUUUCCAUUCCCUUAUAGUUUUACAAAUGUAUAUAAUUCUCUAACAACAACCACAAUAAUAAUAAUAAUCCCCCGCCUUGGUCUAAACUAUCUAUAUCCUUUAACAAAACGGGUUUAACGGCCAGUUAGGAUUUGUGUUAAAUGAGUCUUAACUGGCCGUUAAAUUUUGUACAAAAACAUUACAUUACAUUGUGUUAAGUUAAUCAGUUUUAAAUCUUAAAUUAAGCAUUUAAUAAGAUUUUAAAACAUUAGCGGAAAUCACUCUACGUAGUAUAUUUGCCAGAGUAAGCAGCUACAAGGAGUUAAGCAUUUUUUUUACAAUAUUAUUUUGAUUUUGCAAACUAUAGCAUUUUUACUAUUAUUUGCAAAAGUAGUUAACUAUGAAGACUGAUUUCCGCUAAUAUAUUUUUACAUUAAUGGCAAAAUUAAAAAAAAAAACCCAAAAACUUACUACAUUUUCUAUAUAACACUUUGUCCAAUUCACCAACGAAUUGUAGUGAAUUGUACAAAUUUAAUUUAAAAAAAUAAAAAAAAUUAAAAAAAAUAAAA